AUGCUUGGAAAGAUCGCCCUCGAAGAAGCGUUUGCGCUACCUCGAUUCAAGGAGAAGACUCGUUGGUGGGCAGGCUUGUUCGCGACGGAUGUGGAUAAGCAUGUCGCUGAGAUCAACGACGUCGAUUCCAUCCGGUUAAACUUCGCCGAGAAGCACGGCGUCGGCCUUCAAAUUCUUUCAUACACAGCGCCGGGCGUGCAAGAUAUCUGGGAUCCCAAGGAUGCCCAAGCUCUGGCUGUUGAGAUCAACGAUUAUAUCGCGGAGAAAGUGAAAGCGCAUCCUGAUCAGUUCGCUGCAUUUGCUACGCUAUCAAUGCACGACCCCAACGAAGCAGCUCAAGAACUUCGCCGCUGCGUAACUCAGCACGGUUUCCUGGGCGCCCUAGUAAACGACACGCAACGCGCUGGUCCCGACGGCGACGAGAUGAUCUUCUACGACAACCCCUCCUGGGACAUCUUCUGGUCCACCUGCACCGAACUCGACGUACCCCUAUACCUGCACCCGCGCAAUCCAACAGGAACAAUCUACGAGAAGCUCUGGGCAGACCGGAAAUGGCUCGUCGGUCCGCCGCUCUCCUUCGCGCAGGGCGUCUCCCUCCACGUCCUGGGAAUGGUAACGAAUGGGAUCUUCGACCGACACCCGAAACUCCAAGUAAUUCUAGGCCAUCUGGGCGAACAUAUCCCUUUUGAUAUGUGGAGAAUCAAUCACUGGUUCGAAGAUCGGAAGAAGUUGCUCGGAUUGCAGGAGACAUGUAAGAAGACGAUUCGGGAAUAUUUUGCGGAGAAUCUUUGGAUCACUACUAGUGGGCACUUCUCGACUACGACAUUGAAUUUUUGUUUGGCUGAGGUUGGGGCGGAUCGGAUUUUGUUCUCGAUUGAUUAUCCGUUUGAGACUUUUGAGGAUGGGUGUGUUUGGUUUGAUGGGUUGGCUUUGAAUGAGGUGGACAAGGUUAAGAUUGGGAGGGGAAAUGCGCAGAAGUUGUUUAAGUUGGGGGCUUAUAAGGAUUGGAAUGCUUGA